AAAAGCGUGAUACGACGGACACAAUAAAAAAUGUAACGUGGAACGAAAUGCUAUACGGAGAUAGUUUAUAUUAACUGCUGUUGUAAAUGUACAGAUAGGACUACACUUUUUCCUUACGUCAUCAUCACCCAACGGCGUAAGCUUACUUUCAGUUUCAAUUCUUGAUAACACAGACACUCAGGUUCGACAGGCAUAUGAACUACCUUUGCAUAUCUGUGGAUCUUGUAGUUCAUAAACAAGGAUGGAUGAUCGUACUAUUAGAGUGUGUGGGCUACCUGUAGACAUCCCCAAGAACAGAUUAUCGGAUAAACUGAAGAUUCAUUUCCUGCGGAAGAAAAAUGGAGGUGGAGAUAUUUCAUCUAUCACAUUUUCCGAGACAACACCUGACAUAGCCCUCAUCACUUUCACGGAUUGUGGAGUUGCUCAGAGAGUGAUUAGUCAUGGCUUUCAAACAUUAUCAGUGAAUGACAUACAAUACACAAUGACAUUAAGUAUGCUCCCAAAAGAAAUGGACCCAGAUGAGAUUUUCAUUGAUAUAACAGUGAAAGUGGACUACAGCAAAUUGCCGGGGGGAAAGAAAGCACUAUCCAACAUUUUAGUCAACUUCCCUGGCCUAAAAAUGAACUUUCAACCGAGUGAUGACCUAUGCAUUCUAAAUGGACCGUACUCAGAGGUCCAGGCACUGAUUAAGUAUAUGCUGAGUGUGAUGAACUCAAAAAGCACUCAGGAUAUACAGUUACAUCGAUCAGAAGUCCUAAGUGAUCAGAAAAAAUACCACUCCACCAAAAGAAAAGUGAAAAGUCAAAGUGAGAAUGAGUUUGCUGAACAGUGUUGUGGAGUUGAUAUCUCAAAAUGUUCUAGUUCAGAGAGGAGUCAUAUCCCACCACACCAAGCGUCUUCCACUAACCGCAGUGUGGCAUCAAGGGCUGGAAAGGCAGAAACAUCACAAGAAGACUUCUCCAUGAUUAUAGAUACUGACAUCUUCCGCUACCUCCAGCAUUGCUCUAAAGAGUACAAGAGCAUCCUGGAUCAACAUGGAGUAGAAGCACUGGAUGUAACCACCAAGGAUAUCACCACCCUCUACCUGCAACUCCAGGCGGGAAUUGAUGGGGAUGUGGAGUGCAUGCAGCGAGCACAUGUGGAACUGGGUAGCUUGUACGAGAAAACAGAAGCACAGCUUCGAAAGGUUUCGCUUCCCAAGGGAGGUCUCCCAAUUCAGGGGCUCCAACAAGCCCUCGAUGUCGUUCUUCAGACGUUCCCAGAUCUAAUGAUAAAUGAGGACAAGGUCAAUGUGUAUUUAGUCGGUAGUGGGACUGAUGUGUCAGAGGCUAAGCAGUUCCUAAUGGACAUAGAGGCACCGACAGAUGAGCAUGGUCGAGAUAAGAUCAAACUUCCUAAUAAAUUUGUUCAUCCCUCUGGAACUGUAUCCCUGUCCUAUAUGCCGGAAGCCCAAGUCAAUCAGCAUCACCGAAACAGAGGGGCAGAGGAGAAAAUGGACACCAAUUUUGAGAAGGUAGUGAGUUCUGAUAAAUCAAAAAGUGCUUUUAGAUUCAGCUGGGGUGAGGUCAAAACUCCUGAGGAUGAUCUGACGUAUCCUCUUUUGAUCACGAAACCGAAUGAAAAAGAAAAUCUGAGCCUUGACUGUAGACCAGUGUCAAAGAUCAUGAGUUCGAAGGUACAGUCAUCACUUUCAGCUUACAGGCCAGAGGAUAUCAAGCCCUUGAUUGAAACCAGAGAAGACACGCCAUUUAUGAGGAAUGGACCUGCCUACACAAACAGACUUACAUUGUCAAGAUCUUCAAAUUCAAACAGAGCCAAAUAUGCCGUCAACUCUGGUGAAUUGCAGAGUAACUCACUGGACUUUGUACCCACAUCUGUUUACAACGCAGCACCGACAAAUUCAGUCGAGCAAACAAAGUCAGGUUCCACUCAGAGGAAGGUCAAUAGUUUUUCUGGAACAGAAAAAGGAAAUGGAAACACAGACCACUUAGGUGCGUAUUUACAGGGAAAAAUGCCAAGCUGCAACUCCAGCAGCCAGAAACCUGUGAGGUGUUCGAAAACUUCAAUCUUCAGUGUAGAUGUGGAGGUGCCCAAAACUAAAUGGCUAUACCUGAAACAAUUUUACCCCACAGAAAUAGAAGAUUUAACCUCUGACUUGCAGAUGCUUGAAGAUAAUGCAAGAGGAAAAGAGACUAUCCUCAACCUCAGAGGAGCAGACGCCGAAAACGUUGGAAAGACUCAACAGGGGUUGAAAGAACUGGUCUCCAAAAUGUGUGAGGACUUCCAUACCGAAGAACUGUUGAAGGCACAUGUUGGUGUGUCUGACUCUAAGACUGUUGAAUAUGCAUGUUCUGUCGUAAAAGAUACAUUUGAGAAAGUGCUGAUCUUACAGAUGACCAGAAGCAUUUUUGUCUUGGGCCCCAAACUAGAUUGCCAAGAUGCAAUGUUGGCCCUCAAAGAGUUGUUUCUCAUUGGAUCUGAGGGGGGGAAGCCUACUCCAUCAGAGUCACCUGUUUUUAAGCUUCGACAGGAAACAAAGCAAAAUGAAGAUUUUUCAAAAGGAAUGGCUACCGAAACCUUGGCAGCUAGAACCAAUAAAGAAAAUGCAGUGAGUGCAGCCUUGUGUCUUUGGUGCCAAGGAAAAGUCAACCCUCACUGCAGAAUGUGCUGCCAUUCAGAUUCAAUUGAUGUGCAAAGCUCCCAUAACAAGCACAGUGAAGUAAACCAACGUAAAUACAAACCAGUUGGACGCACAGUUGAGAAACCUGCUCUGCUUUGUGUUUGUGGGAGCACAGCAGAAUCUGUAACCUUGAUGGCUUGUGGACUGAACUUAUGUUCAAACUGUAAGGAGAAAGUACAUUCCAAGUGCAGGGUAUGUACUAAACCUGAGGAGAGUGUCAGUGGGAUCAGGGGCACCAUGAGCUUUACAGAAAUGUCCUUCAGUCUGGCUGGGCACCCCAGGGAUAUGACACGGAAGAUAACAUAUACUAUUCCUGAUGGCAUCCAGGGGGCAGACCAUCCAAACCCUGGUUCAACAUUCAAAGGGGAUAUAUUCCAUGCCUACUUGCCCAUGAAUGAGACAACCCAUAAAUUAGUGUCGUCCCUAGAGCAGGCUUUCCAUCAAGGCAUCACCUUCUGUGUGAGAGCUACAGACUACGAGGACAAGGUCACUUGGGGGAGAACCAUCCCACACAAGACCAACAUCGAAGGAGGAAAAUCCAAGAAUGGGUUCCCAGACUCCAGCUAUCUAAAAUGCUUAUCUGAGGCAUUGACAUCUCAGCUUGUUAAAGAGAGCAAACAUCUCAAAUAAAGAAAACCUGAAAAUUCUACUGACCAAAUUUUCUGAAAAUUCUACUGUAUCUUACCAAAUAUAAUCUUGAAAGUACCUGAUUGUGGUAGACUGUGGCAAUGUAGAGCAUAGCCUCAAUGCACUUCUAGGACCAUGCUAAACUGUCCUUCUCAUCCAUUUUUCAUGAAUUGUCUCCAGUGAAUGUCCUAGACUUGUUGCCUUUUUGGAGGAAGGGAUACCUCACUAAAUUGCUUCUCCAGAAGUUUCUUCAAAUUUUUUAUUGGGAGUUUUUCCUGUUCUUGUCUAAGGGUAUGCGUUUGAUAUCUGAUCUUUAUCUGUGAGAAUCUGUAAAACACUUGUGACAUUCACUCUAAAAGGGGCCAUACAAAUACAAAGUUACUUUACAUUUGUAUAUCACAUUGAUUGUGAAUGUAUACAUCAAUGAUAAAAUAUUAUGCCUUAUUGUAAAACUUUACAAUAAAGUCACAUAUAUUCAGUGUAA